AUGGAGACCAUAGACGAAUACGAUGUUGAAGACGUGAAGGAUGUUGAGAACCCAGAGAAGCCGGAGGCCUGGGAAUAUGUUAGAAGUCACGCUCGGGACUGGGUCAGAUUGAAGCAUGGAGUGGAUGAGCCGUAUGGUACAGAUGCAGCAGCUCGCUCUCGAAGCGAAGCAAAUGAAACUUUUGAGCGAAGGAAGAAACGAGUGCGCCUAGCCAUGGACAUUCGAACAACAUUGAAGGAAUGCAGAGAACCGUUGAUUCAGGAGUCAACAUUGUUAAACAUGCAGCAGCCGUCUCAGCAGAGCAUGGCCGCGCUUUCGAAUUAUUUCCACAUUCACAUUACUUCAUCAACGGAAUCAGAACCGCAUCGGUCGACUUAUCCGAUCUUGAGUGGCGCAAGCUCUUACCUAUACCCUCACAACAUGGACUCGUCGAGGAUUCGAUUCCCAGACUACGUGUCAGUUUCGCGACGAUCAGAGUCAGAUUUGCUCACAUACUUUCUCAAGACCUAUUGUUCCAGGCUUUUUGAGACGCGCCCACCCGUUGCCUUGCCUCAAGAAGUUGGCAUAUCUCACCUACCACGGCAUCAGGUGGUUCACUACUCCAUUGCGAUGGUUCGAUUUGUGGCAUCGUUUGUUACGACACUGACUGCCACCUUGCUCUUGUUUCUGCCGAUUUAUACUCUUUAUAAUAUCUCAACCUCUCGGGCAGCCCUCACGCUGGGCUUGAUCGCCAUGUUUACAGUGCUGUUUGCUUGCGGUAUCGUGGUCCUGAUAAAUGCAAGGAGAGCUGAAGUUUUUGGCGCGUGUGCUGCAUGUGCUGCAGUCCUUGUUGUAUUUGUUAGUGGGGACUUUUCUGGUACAGGAUCAUAG